CAAUGGAAAUGCCAGUAGACAGUUAGUUAGUUAUCUGUUAUCGUAAAGGGAUAUAAGUGCUAUUUAAAUACCAAGACCAAUAAUAUUGCUUUUGUUAAUUAUAAUAUAUAUUUUUUAUAAAAACUAUAAACUGAUUAAAAAGAACAAACUAGCAGUAAUUUAGAUGACGUUUAUAGAUAAGGCCUACUCUCAUGCUGGCAUAAACAGCUGGGAGUGUGGACAGCCACAUACAACACCUGAGAAUGCCGGCAGAUUUUCAGUUUGAUGUGGUGACCACCGGAAAAAAGAUGGAUGAUAUUUACACUUUGCAGCAGAUGGUGGGAAGAGGAAGCUACGGGGUCGUUUUCAAAGGCCGUGUGUCAGAGACAGGCUGGUGGGGCCAAAGUGGCGACACUGUGGCCAUCAAACGUCUACCAUGUUGCAGCCCAGAGAGUAUAGAGCUAUACUUGCAGGAGCUCUGGGCUAUGAAAAUCACUUCGAGAAACCACCCCAACAUCAUUGCUCUAUAUAACUGCCUUUUACAGACUGGACCAAAAACACUGCAGCCCCUGAGAUCAGGUCGACUGCCUUUGGACUUAGUAGAGAGCACUCUCAAAGGAAAAGUGGUGGACAAUAACUCAAAAACCCAAAUGAGGAAUCCAUCCAAGUCAAAGAGAAGACUGAUAUCCACAGAAGAGGUCCCCAGGCGCUGCUUUGCCCUAUGGUUGGUAAUGGAGUAUUGUGAGGAAGGCGAUCUGAACCAGUACAUUCUGUCCAGGCCACCGGAUGCUGAGUGCAACCACGUCGUGGUUCAGCAGCUCAGCAGUGCCAUUGCGUUCCUGCAUAGAUGUGGAAUAGUGCACCGUGAUAUAAAGCCGGAUAAUGUGCUUGUGUCUCUUACAAAAACAGGACCAGUGGUCAAGGUGGCAGACUUUGGCCUGAGUAAGAUGGUCGACAGUCCUACAGAUGGUGUCCGUAGUAGACUAACUCUGUCUUCUACGUGUGGCUCAGACUUCUACAUGGCUCCAGAAGUGUGGGCAGGUCGUAGUUAUACAGCCCAGGCUGAUAUCUUCUCUCUGGGUGUGCUAUUCUGGGCCGUGCUGGAAAGAAUCACAUUCCUUGAGGAUGGCAGCAGUCAAGAACAACUAGGAGCGUAUGUGAUGCGAGGCCGCUGGCUUGCACCGCUAGGAGAGGCGCUGUGUGAGAAUCCCGACCUGCAGUUGAUUAUCCCUAUGAGGGCACGACGCGCUCCCCCACUGCCGCCAACUCCAAACCCCACCAUGUGCUCGCUGCUGCUGGACAUGCUCAAUUCUGACCCCGACACUCGGCCCAAUGCCGACCAGCUGAAGAAGCGGGUCCACUCUGCUAUACAGAUGAACUGACCUCAGAACAGCAUACCUGCACAAGAGACUCUUCUAUUUUCACCAUGAAGCCAAUAAAAGUUAAAGCAGUUGUGAUGUUGUAUGUUGUUUGAGACUUUGUAAAAAAAGAUAAAUUUAUAUUUGUGUCAUGUCACAUUGUGUGUUGCGUAUCUGUAUGGUGGUGGUGGUGAAAGAAUUGUACAAGCAUAUUAUUAAAUCUUUGCUGUAUUAUGAUAUUUUUUAUGUUUUACGUAUUUAUUAAAGAGACUAUUAAAGAAGAAUUUAAGUAUCGGC